UACACAGCUUAUACAUCAGCACGCACGACCAUCCCUUCAAGAAUUUCAUUGUUAUCGCUGGUUUGAAAUAUCCGACUUCUGCUUUAGCUAGCGAACUUCCACUGUAGUAGAACCUCCGUUUUUUUCAGAUCACAUAGCCAUCCCGAAUUUAUUUAUUUUGUCUCAUGAAAUUUGGCAGUUGCCUACAUUAGCCUGAGAUGAAGACUAAAUUAAUCAAUGGGGUCUCAUCCUCCCCUUCAAUGUCACUGGAUUUCUUGGUAACAGAGAAUGCACUCCAAGUCCAGCCGGAUAUUGAGCCCGAAUGUAAAGAUAUUCGACCGAAUGAGCCCGACCAGCAGACGAAACAUAUGGCGUAUCUCUGGUGUAAAGAAUUUCUUCAUGGAGCUUGGAAAUCGAUCGAUGAAGAUGAUUUUCAGAUCACAGUUAUCAGGGGGGGUCUCAGCAACAGUCUGUUUCUCUGCGCUUUACCGGAGGAGGCGGGCGUUGGAGACGAACCGCGGAACGUGCUUCUGCGCUUAUACGGAGCAAUUUUGCAGAUGUCCUGUAAUAAAGGGGAAUCCAGACAGUCAAACAAAAUUGACUUUCAAGGAGCAGAGGCUAUGGUCCUGGAGAGCGUGAUGUUUGCCAUCCUGGCCGAGAGGCAGCUGGGACCUAAGCUUUAUGGCAUCUUCCCCCAGGGGAGACUGGAACAGUAUAUUCCAAGCAGGAAGCUCAACACUGAAGAGCUGAGAAUUCCCAGCAUAUCUGCUGAGAUUGCAGAGAAAAUCGCCAGGUUCCACCAGAUGAGGAUGCCUUUCAACAAAGAGCCCAAAUGGCUGUUUGGCACCAUGAAAAAGUACAUGAGUCAAGUGCAAAGGCUGACCUUCACCAGAGAGACACACCUGCGCAAGUUCACCUGCCUUAUGAGCCACAACUUGCCUCAGGAAAUGGAAAGCCUCAGGUGUCUACUGGAAUCCACCCCUUCCCCUGUUGUUUUCUGCCACAAUGACCUACAAGAAGGAAACAUUCUUCUCCUGAGUGGCCAUGACGACACGGACAAACAGAAACUCAUGCUUAUUGACUUUGAGUACAGCAGCUACAACUACAGGGGAUUUGACAUUGGAAACUUCUUCUGUGAGUGGAUGUAUGACUACAACUGUGACACGUCUCCAUUUUUUAAAGCCAGCACCAACAAUUAUCCUACCAAAGAUGAGCAGAUGUAUUUCAUCAAAACCUAUCUGUCAGAAUCCGACUCAGGACUAGAAAACUUAAGUGAUGAAGAUCAACAAAAACUGAGAGAGGACAUGUUGGUGGAAAUUAACAGGUUUGCUCUUGCCUCGCACUUCUUCUGGGGCCUCUGGUCAAUGAUCCAGGCGAAAAUAUCAACCAUUGAGUUUGGCUACUUGGACUAUGCCAUGGCCAGGUUCAGUGCGUACUUUGAGCUCAAAAAGAAGCUUGGCGUUUGAACAAAGGAUUAUUAGGUCAGAGUCUGAGAUGAUCAAGAUGGAGGCUUAUGAUCUGGCUUUCAAGUUUACUAGAAACGGGAUGCCUUGCUACUCUAAAUGGUUCUACAGUGCUGCAUGAACCAAAAUCAGUACCACUUACCUUUAACUCUCCAUCAGGUGUUUGAAGACUACAUCAUGUGUUGCUUCUCAGUGUUAACCUCCCUAAGCUCCACAUUUUCAAUAUGCAUGCCUGGUCCUAAAUGCUUUUUGGGGAAAAAAUACACUAACAUCAAUAAAACAUCAAGAUUACAUAGAAAUACUCACCAAAGUCAUGAGCAGUUAGAAAAAUACAUACUAUACUAACAGUUAGAAGCAAGGCUCAGCCCAGUUCAGUGGGAAAGUGAUCGGCUGAAUUGCCAGGUGUGAUGUCUUUUACUGCUGUGGGCAAUAACUCAGCUAGGUUAUCUUUACAGCCUGUACUAGGAAAUGUGAAAAACUGAGGUUCUAAACAUGGCCUUUGAGAGUGGUACAAGAGACCAACUUCUGUUGGCACUGUAGACUUUAUGAUUUCCAAUGGUAGGAUAAACUUUAAUACUCAUCCCAUUUUUAUGUGAAGUCUUACACUCCUUUUUUUGGCAUUGGUUUACUAUUUUUCUUUUUCUCCUUGAACGACUAUAUUAUUAUUUUUCUAUAAGUAGGUCGGUAAACAAUAGCAUAUAGACACAUCCUCUGGGAGCUGACCACUGUAGACCUGAUAAAAAAGAGCUUCAUUAGAUGUGCUAUUCCAUGAAGAACAUAGAUUCAUAGAAGCUAGUUCUGUUAGCUUACUGGUUCUGCGUAGAAGUACUGUCACAUUUAAUGUUUUACUUAAUGACAACAUUUUCCUUUAGAAAAAUAUUUUUGACAUACUAGUAUGUUUAGUACAUUUAAACAUGUCAGAUUGUAAGUGAUUUUUUUAUGUUUCUUUUCAAAAUGUAUUAUUAAAUGUGUUAUUGUUUAAUAACAUGAGAGUGAACACAGUUCUCUUGGUUUAGUUUUUCAUAUUUUCUACUUAACUGUGAUGAACUUGGAGUUGGCUUGUUUUUGUUUCGUUAUUAGGAUAAUUAUUAUUAUUUUACAUAUUAGGAUUGUAAUUAUUAUUUUUAUUGGAAACGUUUGCUAACAUAACUGUGAAUGCCACUCUUCAGUACCAGUUAUGAAAAAAAGUACUGGUAUUUCUAAAUGGAACUUUCUUUUUCCUUUAAUGGAAGAUGUGUUUUUCUUAAUAAGAAAGUUGUAUUCUUUAAAAACUCUGAAAUGUUCUUAAUUCCUUUUUCUUUAGGAUCUUGGGUGUAACAUUUUAAUGACUUGUUCUGUUUUCACAUCUUUCACAUGUCAAAUCUCCAAGCAGUGAAUA